UCCUGGAGUUCUCAUGGAGCGAGUGAUUUCACCCAGAGGAAGGUGAACUGAUAAAUGUGGUUGUUGUUGGGUGGCAUCGCUGUGUGACCUCCCCAGCCUGCAGUUCUGCUUUGGGAUUUUACGCCUGUUGGAGCUGUGCAAGGGCGAAAUUGCUUCUGGAAUCACACAGGUCUGUCCACCCAAAACUCAGCCACUGUAUUUCAAGUGCUGUUGGACAGGAACGUGUUUUGGCCAAGGACUUGGUUCACAAAGAUGAAAUUGCACGACAACUCUUCACCAGCUGCGGGCAGAACCGGAGACGUCAAGAACAACCAGCAAGUCCCAGAAUCUGCAAAAGAAUCAUUGCGGUGUGCGGGUAACAUACAAAUGGCUCAGCUAUACUCUGGGAGUUCACGUCAACCAGGCUAAACAGAUGUUGUAUGAUUAUGUAGAAAGGAAACGAAAGGAGAACUCGGGAGCUCAGCUUCACGUCACCUACUUAGUAGCAGGAAGCCUCGUCCAGAAUGGACACACAUGCCACAAGGUUGCAGUAGUGAGAGAGGAUAAGCUGGAAGCAAUGAAGUCCAAACUGGCCACGAUAGCCAGCGUGCACGUCUACAGCGUUCAGAAAGCCUUGCUCAAGGACAGCGCCCCGCUCUACAACACGGACUAUGACAUUGUCAAAACGAACCUGCACAACUGCAGCAAGUUCAGCGCCAUCCAGUGCGCCGCUGCCGUCCCCAGGGCGCCGGCCGAGGUCCCUCAAGCGCAGAGGGCGUCCGCGCAGGCCGGGUCCCGGGCGCCGAGUGACGCCGGCGCUGGCAGCGCACCCGUGGUCAACGGCCACGCUCCCUCGGCCGCUAAACAGACCUCGCAGCAGCCCAAAGGGAUCAUGGAGAUGUUUGCAGCGAAAGCGGCUUCCAAAGGCCACGACGCAAAUAAAGAGACUAAAACGGAGUCUAAGGAGGCCCCAGGUGUGUCGGCAGCAAGCAGCAAACCACCAGCAAAGAGCAGCAUCAUGAACAACUUCUUUGGCAAAGCUGCCAUGAAUAAACUCAAAGUCAACUCUGUGCCUGAGAAGCCAAAGGAGGAGAAAGAAGUGGUCAAGCCUUCAGUUCCUGUAGCAGAACCAGAGUCAUCCUCUAAUGUUGUAGUAGAGAAACCUGGGAAGAAAACAGAGUCUGUUAAAAGUCAACAAAAGGACAAAAAAAGUAAAAUGAAGAGGGUGGACAAGUCGGAUAACGAGGAAGAAAGAGAACCUGAAAAUCUAAAGAAAAAGAGGAAGCGAAUCAAACAACUUGAGUCUGACAGCAGCGACGAGGAAGCAGAUAUUCCCCCGUCUCCCACACCUGAAGAAGAAAAAGCUCCAUCUCCACCUCCUGUACCUGCUCUGAAAGCUGAACUGGAGCCUGUACCCACAGAGGUUUCGGCUGGAGGGAGGAAGAGGAAACGGAAGCGCGUGCUGAAAUCCAAAAUGUUUAUUGAUGAAGAAGAAGGCUGCAUGGUGACUGAGAAGGUUUACGAGAGCGAAUCCUGUACAGACAGUGGGGACGACUUCACCGAGUCCAAGCCACCGCCUCCACAGAAACAACCCGUGCUGCCUGCGAAGAAAGAACCGAAGGAAGAAAAGAAGAACGUGAAGAAAGGACCAGCGGCUGGCAGCAGAGCCAACAAACAGGUCUCCAUCAUGGGCUUUUUUCAGAAGAAAUGAACUGGGACCUUCUCCCAGUCCUCUUGGGAGCGUUAACUGGUUUUGUGUGGCUUUCUGCAAGCUGCUGCAUUGAGGAGAACACCACGCAACCUUCAGUUACGUAAGAUAUCUUGCUUACUGUGUAAGUAAGCCCUCUGGACUAGUUUUUUGUAUCGGAGAAAAGUUUUCUUUGUUACUGCAAUAAUUUCAAUUUUCUUUACUAAACAGUCUGGAAGUCGACAACUAGAAACAAAAUCUAGAGGAACUCUUGACAGACUGUUAAUCUAUUCACCCAAAUCUUUAUAUUUUUAAUAUCACCUUCACCUGUUCGGCGCUGAAGGGUUCCACAAGUAGUAGGUGAACUGAAUUAGGAGUUGAGUUGCGGCUUUUUUUUCCCCCCUCUUUUUAUUUUCCCCUCUUUUUUUACACCCCAGCUCUCCAUCUUGAUCCAAACGUUCAGGUUGGUCCGAAGCUGUAAUGUAGCAGGUCUUCAGGCACACGCACAAAUACUGAACAUCUGCUUCAGCUUUAACUGAAUGAAAUAAACUUCAUUUUCCCCCAAAGACCGAUAAAUAGUUUUUACUCUGCCUUUCAUAAUCUCUUUUUUGGACAAAGCAGUGCAUAUAAAAUUCUCUGACACUUUUCAUCCUUGAACAUAUCCUCUGUAAACGGCUGUGAUGCCUAAUUAUAGAUUGGGACGCUGUUGGUGCUCUGUCUUUGAGGCUUCCCACACAGUUGGCUCCAGUGUAACUGGGGGGAGGCUUUGCCAUUAUUGGGAAAGCAACUGUAUCCUUAAGUUAAUGAGUCAAAGGGAAGGGUAAUUAGAGAGCACUUCUGAUAACACCGGUCAGGUACCGGCUGUCAUUAUCCGUGAUGAAUUUCACACCGCUUUUUGGUUUCGAACGUUUUGCUUUGCCUGAAGUUGGUUUUCACAGGCACAAAGCAGGCAAGAGAAGAGUUGUUUUCUAGGACGUCUCGUCGUCCUCCUGCUGCAGGGAACCAGGUUUUGGAGGUUAAUAAGGCACUGAGGUCCUGUUAAUCAGAAACGAGGCAUCGUUUUGGAUUCCUCCUGGUGUUCUGGUGCUAAAUUUGGUAGAUAUAUAGAUACAAAAGGUCAGGGUUUUUUUCCAGAGGACAGGUGCUGAGCAUUUCUGAAGCUUGGCCUGGUGAGAGCUCCCAAAUGGGCAACCGGCACCAUCACUGGUUGUUUCUGAUUGACGUUAGGCCAAUGUACGUAUGGAUAUGUAUGUACGUAGUGGUUUAUAAAGUGUUUGUAAGGUAGAUAAAGCCUAAAGAGUCUGAACCAAGGAACAAACAUCUUCAGGCACCCCGCUGAAAGCGUUCCAACCCGUGGCCGGCUGAAGGACCAACCAAGUGUAUUUACACAUCAUUCUGACCAGGAGAUCCGGUUGGUGACUUGAGAAAUUUAACCACGCGCCUGCAAGUGACCCACAGUUGACGCAAUUGAAGUCAUGUCACCCUCAGAUGUGAGACGAUCUACUUAUAAUGAGCCGUGUAGCUGGAUUUGUGUCCUGGUUGGGGAUUUUGGCCGCUCGCUGCGCCGAUCGAUGGUACCGGAGCUGUUUGGGGCUCACCUGAACGAUGCACCUCCUCGGAAGCGUUAAGAACUUCAACUCUGGACUUUCGGAAUUGGAAACUUAGAGGAAAAAUGAUGGGAAGAUGAUGAGGGAAGGCAGAAUUGGCACGGUACUCGCAGACAUCCAAAGGCCGAGCCCGCUGUGUGAGCUGGGGAAGUUUUCAUGCUCUCGUGGCGUGUUUGGGUGACAUAGGGAAAGAAUGAACCACCUUGUUCUGACUUUUAUGAAGAAUAUUUAACUGUUCAAAACCAAAAAAUAUUGCUAUAGCGUUUCUGUUUUUCUUGGUAGAAUUGGGGGUGUGUUUUGUAAGGUAAUAAUUAACAAAACUCAUUAAAUACAGGUUUUUUUUCUUUUGUC